ACUCAAACAUACAGCAGCAGCACAACCUCCCACUGGUCGCUCCUGUAAUCUGACUGAGGUCGAUCAGCUAGCUCCAUUCCAAUCGUAACCUGCCAUGGCAGCCGGCAAGGCGUCGUCCCUCGCGCUCCUCCUGGUGGUGCUCACGGUGUCGAGCGCCAUGCUGGAGCUCGCGCCGGGCGCGGGCGCGGCGACGACGUGCACCCCGACGCAGCUGACCCCGUGCGCGCCGGCCAUCGUCGGGAACGCGGCGCCCUCGGCGGCAUGCUGCGCGAAGCUCAGGGCGCACCCGGCGAGCUGCUUCUGCCAGUACAAGAAGGAUCCCAACAUGAAGCGCUACGUCAACUCCCCCAACGGCAAGAAGGUCUUCGCCGCCUGCAAGGUGCCGCUGCCCAGGUGCUGAGCGCCCCGGCCGAUCGAUCGAGCUCGUCCUCGGCUUCGUGCAAGUACACCGAUAGCAUGGUUUGCUGUUGCUCUCUGCUACUAAUAAAAGAGUGACCUGCUUACUUGAGAAUAAACUGAGACGUAGUACUGCUUGGGUACUUUACAGUGUGAGUUCUGCUCUGCAGACUGCCAGACUUGAUGUAUCGUAGUAUCUGAAUACUUGCUAUAUAUGCAAUAAUGUAUGAGCUUCUAUGAAGCAAAUGCUGCAUGAAUAAAAGUGUGAUACAAGAUAAAAAUCCUAA